AUGCAACACCUCCAAAACCUUUCCUCCCUCUGCGCCGUCUUCUCCCUCCGCCGCCGCGUCCUCCUCUGUACCACCACCACAUCACCAGUCAGCUUCGUCGCCGAGAAGCGAGAACUACCUCGUUGCCAAUGUGGCCUCACACCAUCGCAAGCCCUCAGAGCCUCGAAAUGCCUCUCCCACCUCAAGACCCCCGACCAGCCCGACGCCGUCCGCGCCUUCCCCGCCGACCUCAGCCUCUCCAAAGCCGACGUCGCCUGCACCGUCGCCCGGAGCCCCCGGUUCCUCUGCUGCGACGUGGAACAAACCAUCGCCCCCCGCGUCUCCCAGCUCCGCGACAUCGGCCUCUCCACUCCCCAGAUCGCCAGCCUCGUACCCCUCGUCCCCUGCGUCUUUGCCAGCCCCGCGUACGUCUCCCGCCUCGCGUCCUACAUGUCCUUCUUGGGCUCCUUCGACAAGGUGCACGCCGCCAUCAGGAGGAACACCCACCUCAGCCGGAGCCUAGAGACCGCGGUCGAGCCAAACAUCGCGUUACUGCGUGUUCGUCACUUCGUCCUGAUCCCGCGGCUGCUCGCCGGGUCCCAGGAGCGUCUCAAGGCCGUCGUAGCGCGCGCCGAGGAGCUCGGCGUGCCCCGGGGCACAGCAAUGUUCCGCUACGCCCUCGUCGUGGCAUACUCUGUCCGGCGGGAGAACACCACCGCCAAGAUGGAGCUGCUGAAGUCGCUCGGUUGGUCCAGCUGUCAGGUGGCGAUGGCGGUGACCAAGAUGCCGUCCAUAUUGGGUGGUUCCGAGGACCGGCUGCGGCGUGCCGUGGAUUUCCUCACCAAGGAGGCCGGCAUGGAGGUGGAGGCAAUCGCGCGGGCACCAUCGAUGCUAAAGUUCAGCGUCGAGGGGAGGCUGGCGCCCCGGCUCAACGUGCUGAAGCUUCUCAAGGAGAAGGGGUUGCCGGGGGGCGACCGGGGCUUCUACAACGUGGCCUGCAUGAGCGAUGAGGCGUUUCUCAAGACCUUUGUGCGUCCUCACGAGGAGAGCCUCCCACCCGGCCUCGCUGAUGCUUAUGCUGCUGCCCGUGCUGGGAAGGCGCCGGCCAGAGCUGCAUAG